UCCGAGACGGGUGCAUCGAGUUACUCUGUUAAUUUUAUUUUUUACAUUAUAGUUUUAAAAAUGUUUCAUGUAUUUUUCGUUUAGGUAGAGUAGCCACAAUUCAUUGUAAUACGUGGUGCGUUCAUGCGUCCAGAACGUUACUAUAACAUUAUGCGACGAGUCAAUCAUUGCAACAAAUCCACUUUAUUCCAAAUACUACGAUUUUUUUCAACCGAAACGAAGAAUGUUAAAGAAUUUAACGAAAUCCCUGGACCAAUAUCUCUGCCUCUGGUUGGCACUCUUUACCAAUACUUUCCGGUUUUUGGUAAGUACAAAUUUGACCGAUUACAUCACAAUGGGUUGGCAAAGCUCCGUCAGUACGGACCGGUUGUUCGGGAAGACAUUGUGCCCGGCGUGUCCAUAGUGUGGAUAUUUAAACCGGAAGAUAUCGAGAUGCUUUAUCGGAAAGAAGGCAGGUACCCAGAAAGACGUAGUCAUCUGGCAUUACAAAAGUACCGAUUAAGUAAACCAGAGGUAUACAACACUGGAGGACUUUUGCCCACGAAUGGCACAGAUUGGUGGAGACUUAGAAAAGCGUUCCAAAAACAUCUGAGUAAGGUUCAAUGCAUCAAGGGGUAUGUGGAUAGUACGAACACAGUAGUUGGAGAAUUUAUAGACCGGAGAAUAAAACGCGAAGGACGCACAGAUGAUUUUAGCCCCGAACUAUCUAGACUUUUUCUUGAACUAACGUACUAUGUCGCAUUCGACGAACGACUACAGUGGUUCAAAGACGAAGAAUGGGACUCAGAUUCGGAGUGUUCGAAAUUGAUCAAAGCGGCUCACGACAUAAACAGUGCGAUAUUGAAGACUGAUAAUGGACCACAACUAUGGAGAAAGUUUGACACCCCCAUGUAUAAAAGUAUAAAAAAAGGACAUGAACACAUUGAAAAAAUCGCACUAAAAGUUGUAAGUGAAAAACUAACCAGUAUUAAAACGACAGACUCCAAAACAUCAUUGUUAGGAGAAUACUUGAAUUCAAAGGAGACAGACUCCAAGGACGUAAUUGGAAUGACUGUUGACACUUUGUUAGCUGGAAUCGACACGGCGACGUAUUCGUGCUGUUUCGGAUUGUACCAUUUAUCGUCGAAUCCGGACGUGCAGGAAAAAAUGUUCAGUGAGGCACAAGCUCUACUUCCGGACGGCAACACGCCAGUCACCUAUGGAAUGUUGGAGCGAGCCGUGUACGCGAAAGCGGUCGUCAAAGAGAUGUUCCGAAUGAAUCCGAUAUCGGUGGGCGUUGGUCGGAUACUACCAGAGGAGUGCGUGUUUUCGGGAUACAGAGUCCCGGCAGGAUCGGUUGUGGUCACGCAAAACCAGGUGAGCUGCCGUCGGGAAGAAUACUUCCGGCGACCCGACGAAUUUGUGCCGGAGAGAUGGCUAAAAGGCAGCGUCGAUUAUCAGUCGGUUAGUCCGUUUUUGGUCUUACCUUUCGGUCAUGGACCAAGGACGUGUAUAGCGAGACGUCUGUCAGAACAAUUCCUGCAGGUCGUGCUCAUAAAAAUUGUCAGAAACUUUGAAAUGACUUGGACAGGACCAAAGUUGGACAGUAAAUCUUUAUUGAUAAAUAAACCGGACGGACCGAUAUCUUUAAUAUUCAAGACCAGAGACUGAACAAUAUCAUAUUAAUUUUAACUACUUCAA